AAAAAGGCUUGGUUGAAUUUACCAAGUUUUUCUUGGUUACGUAUAUAUUGGUAACUACAACCAUUGACUUGGUUGCCGUAACCAUGUACACUUAGUUAGUUUGACAAUUCAAAUUUGGUUGGAACUAUUGGUGCUUAUAACCAACGCAAUUGGUUGAAGUAACCAAAAAACUGUAUUGCGAUUGAUCACCCAGAAAUUAGUUCUCACAACCAAUGACCGUAGCUAGUUUAACCAAGUUCUUGGUGAAUUAAAAAGCAUGGCUGCACUGCAGUCGAAGACUGAACGUGCUAACGUACGGAUGUCGUUGCGUCGUCGUUGACGAUUUUUCUCAUCGACGUCGUGUGCGGGUUAUCGGUCGCGGUGAAACGCGAGCGUAAACCCUUCGGCAGUGAGUUUCUCGGUCGUGUCCCGAUAACUGCGUGUUCGCGGUAUCAGUGUGUGAGGUAUCUUGGAGAACGGGAGCGCGGCGGGAAUCGCCGACGGACCCGCGAAGUCCUUCAUCAACCUAACCUAAUCUUCAGCACGCGGCGGCCAGCGGAGAAUCUACGUCCCGGAUUCCGGCGACGCUCGCGAGCCCCGAGGGGUUCGUCGACUUUUUCCGCGCGCUCGGCGGUCGACUUCAUAAAUAUUGGACACGAAUACGCGCCACAUACGUACGCCGCCGUCCCGACCGCGAAAGGACGGACGAGGCCGCGAGGGAAGAAAUAGGGGAAGUCGCGGCUUGAUAGCCGCGGAUCGCGCUGAGGUGAAUUAUGAGCAUGCGACGUUCUCCAGCGCGCCGUCAUCGUCACCGUCAUCAUCAUCGUCGUGAUCACUGUCCCGCGAUCGCCGGUUGCUUCGCCGUAAUCGAAGACUUUUUCCACAAGUGCAUUGACCGCGCGAAUCUUCGUCGUCGUCAUCGUCAUCGUCACCGUCUUCACCGUCGUCGCAGUGCAAUGAUGGAAGAAAGUGUGGCGGAUUUAUUGAAAAAUUGGGGAUUUGAGAAAUUUGUCUCAAUAUUUGAAGAUGAGUCACCAGUCACAAUUUUGCAUAAGUUUGCUAAACUUUUUGAGCCAGUAAUACUGAAUGCACGAAUUGGCAAAUUCAAGACGCGGCCGACUAGAGCAGAAAUUGCGGAAGGAUUGGUAUUGCACGUAAAGGUUAUUGACGAUUUGAUGCCAGCAAUUAACCGCAUGCGCUUGAAAGCUGAGCAGCUAAAAACAACAUUGCAACCCCUGGCGGCAGUUGUUGGUCUCAAAAUAUAACUGCAUCGUACGUUGCAAUAGACGACAUUUUAUACAAGCUGGACAGUCCAUUACGAGCCGUCGAUGUCUGCUUUAAGUGCAUUCAUGCCUUACAUGCACAGUACCCAGUGCAAAGUGAACGCCCGUGGUUGGUACUACAGCAGAUCAUUUAUGACAUCUACACGCCG